UUCACCCGUGCCACCGCGACAGCGUCUCGUCCCAGAAGCUAGCAGCGCAAAACCGAACAACAGCUGAGUUUGCACGAAGAUCCCGCAAAUCACCGCAACGUUAAAUCCAACUCCAGCACCGGACACGGACACGCGUGACCGUCGAGAGCCAGAGAAGACACUGCCAGCCGUGGACACCUCGGAAACGGCGCAGGGAAGAAGCAGCAGCGCGUCCAGCAAACCCCGGCAAACAAAGAGGUCCCCAUCUUCAACGACAACAUUUUUCCUCCAUAUUCCAUAGUUAUGAGUCAUGUGGCCAUCGAGAAUGCCCACGGCCUGGAGCAGCAGCUUGCUGUCCUCGACUUGAGUGCUGCAGAUGGACAAAUUGGAGGCAAUAGCAGUAAGCAUGCAAAAUCAGGAAAUGCCUUCGCCGCUGGUCGACAAGGUGUCUACGCCAUGGCGCCUCCAGCCAACUUCGGUUGGGACGGAGGGCGCAACAACUUUGUGAAUGGCUACCAUGACAACCGCAUGGCCGGCAACACAUUUAAUCGGGGCCCGCCUCGCAUGGAGCGGGGAAGAGGAGGCGGAGGCGGUUAUCGUGGUAACAGAGGAGGAGCCUUCAACCCCAUCAUCCCAGCACAGCCAAUGGGAUUUGGUAGCUUCGAAAACAAAGAUGCAGGCGGCUGGAACACGGCCAAGGACGCCUAUAGCAAUUUUGGUAACAACCGAGGGAAGUCUGCAUUCUUCAAUGACAGGGGCAACGCUAACAGAGGGAGGUUCGAGCAUGGUGGAUUUGGUGGUGGUGGAGGAGGCGGAGGAGGAAACAGCCGCUGGGUGGAGGAGCCCAUGAAUGAAGGGGAUUGGUCCAAACCAACACCACGCAACGAACGCCUUGAAAAUGAGCUGUUCGCUGCCAGUAACACAGGCAUUAACUUUGAGAAGUAUGAUGACAUUCCCGUUGAGGCCACAGGGCAGAACUGCCCCCACCACAUUGAUAGCUUCCAAGAUGUGGACAUGGGUGAGAUUAUCAUGAACAACAUCGCUCUGAGUCGCUACACCAGACCAACUCCUGUCCAGAAAUACGCCAUUCCAAUCGUCAAGUCAAAGAGAGAUCUCAUGGCAUGCGCACAGACGGGUUCUGGAAAGACUGCAGCAUUUCUGCUGCCGAUUCUCAGCCAGAUCUACAAUGAGGGACCAGUAGAAGCUACUAAUGCAGCUAAAACCUCUGGACAGGAGAAUGGGAAGUACGGACGUCGUAAGCAGUACCCAAUGGCCCUGAUACUGGCUCCAACCAGAGAGCUGGCUUUGCAGAUAUAUGAUGAAUCCAGGAAGUUUUCCUACAGGUCCAGAGUGCGUCCUUGUGUUGUGUAUGGAGGAGCAGACAUUGGCCAGCAGAUAAGAGACCUGGAGAGAGGCUGCCACCUACUGGUGGCUACACCAGGAAGACUGGUAGACAUGAUGGAGAGGGGCAAGAUCGGACUGGACUACUGCAACUACUUGGUCCUGGAUGAGGCAGAUCGCAUGUUGGACAUGGGAUUCGAACCGCAGAUCAGGCGCAUUGUGGAGCAGGACACCAUGCCAAACAAAGGCCUGCGACAAACCAUGAUGUUCAGUGCUACCUUUCCUAAAGAGAUCCAGAUCCUGGCCAGGGAUUUCCUAGAGGAGUACAUCUUCCUGGCAGUGGGCAGAGUGGGUUCCACCUCAGAGAACAUCACUCAGAAAGUGGUGUGGGUGGAAGAGAGCGAUAAGAGGUCUUUCCUCCUGGACCUGCUCAGUGCUACAGUCAUCCCGAGCGAGGUACAGGACAAUACUGGAGACAACAUAGAGAAACCUGGCAAGGACUCAUUGACUCUGGUUUUUGUGGAGACCAAGAAAGGCGCCGAUGCCUUGGAGGACUUCCUGUAUCGGGAGGGCUACGCCUGCACCAGCAUCCAUGGUGACCGCUCCCAGAGGGACAGAGAAGAGGCCCUGAGCCAGUUCCGGUCAGGAAAAUGCCCCAUUCUGGUUGCCACAGCGGUGGCAGCUCGGGGUCUGGACAUCUCCAACGUGAAGCACGUUAUUAACUUUGAUCUGCCCAGCGACAUAGAGGAGUAUGUCCACCGCAUCGGGCGUACAGGAAGAGUCGGAAACCUGGGAUUGGCCACAUCGUUCUUCAAUGAUAAGAACGGGAACAUCACUAAAGACCUGCUGGACAUCCUUGUAGAGGCUAAACAGGAAGUUCCCUCUUGGCUUGAGAGCCUGGCCUAUGAGCACCAGCAUAAGAGCACCAACAGAGGACGUUCUAAGAGGUUCGCUGGAGGGUUUGGAGCACGUGAUUAUCGUCAGACGGCCGCUGGAGCUAACGCCGGAGGGUUCGGAGCACGCGGAGGACGCAACCAGCCAGGACAUGGAGCAGCCCGAGGCUUUGGAGGAGCUGGAUUUGGAAACUUCUACGCCAGUGACGGCUACGGCGCCAACUACUCGCACCCUCAAGUUGACUGGUGGGGCAACUAGGUUCCUCCUCUCUCCUCCAUCCCUUCUCCUUCACUCAUUCUUCUUUCUUCUUUUCACUCAUCAUCCUCCCUCAUUUCCCCCACACUGUCGUCUGCACUCCGUCUGUCUACAUCCCUUCCAUAAACCCCAAGAAUCCAUGUGCAUGUUAUUGGACUAUUUAUACUCGUUUAUAUAGCCCCCCUUCCAUCUCUAUGCGCUUAAAUCUUUUAAUUCCUCUUCUAUCCAUCUCCACCUUCGUUGUUACAGUUUUCGGUUUGAUUUUUUUGAUUUCUUAGUUCCCGAUGACUCUCGCCUAUUACAAUUGGUCACAGUUAAAAAGGAUUCUUCAAUUUUAGCGGGUUAUUUUUUUUUUAACACUAGCCACAGGUUUACUUCAAGCUAGCAGCAUCCUUUGUUUUCAGCGAGGACAUUUUAAAGUAUUUUCCCUCUGUGACACACGUCUGAAGAGAAAUAACCAGUUCUAAAGUUUUACAUGUUCUUUUAUAUGAUACACACAAGAUUGACAGCGUGUGGACUUCUCCAUAACAGUUGUAGAAGAUGGAGGGAUAUUCAUUUAUUUCAGUUUAAGAUUUUAGUUUUGGCUUCAUUAUUUUUGUCUAUAUUCACCCAAAGCCAGCUUCCUGUGUCCCUCCACACGCCAUCUUUGUAUGUAACGCAUGGCCAUGUUGUAAAUCACCGGCCAGGAACUUUUCUAAAAGCGCGGAGAAAGGUGAGGCUGAGGUGUACUUCACUUACAUCACAGAUUCUUAAAAAGGGGUAAAGAAACCGCAAAAAAUUGUUUUUUGUCACCUUUUUAAAACAAUCGUUUCAAGAGAAUAAUGAGACUGAGGAGACGAGGAGCUGGGACGCUUCCAGUGGUUGUUAAUAUCACAAUGACAAAUAGCAUUUCUUUGUUUGAAGCAAAACAUAAUGGAGAAUCAUUUGUUUCUGUACUGUGCCUUUCAGCAGUUGAACUUUUGUCCCUUGUUUCCAUUGUUUUUAUUGCCAUUAUGCGUUCAGGGCCACAAGUAUCGGCCAACUGUGACUGAAAAAAAGUGUAUUCAAUGUCAUGUAUGGGUUCAGUCAUGUUUUCUUUAUUUCUAUUUGGAAGGAAACAAACUAGGCUUGAACUAAAUCAAACCUUGGCAAAAAAAAAAAACUAAAUAAAAACUGUGGUGAGGAACCUCAA